GUUGCCGGGUGGAUACAAUGGGCCAGUAGUGAUAGGCAUGGAGGGGCUUUGCAUCUUUCGCUCACCCGCUCCCUUAGAUUUGUAAUUGAACCACUAGCUUCUGUGGCAUUUUAUAAAAAUUGCUUGGCCUAGUCGAGUGACCUUUAAAUUGUUUUAAGCUAUUUUGUAAGGAAUAUUUCAAUGACAGUAUUUUUAAAACUCUUUUCUGGGCAACUUCUUUUUUGGUUUACUUAAUUUUAUACAAUUUAGUACCGUUGCACUGAAUCAUGAUAGUCUUCUGUUGUAAGGCUAUUAUUUAAAUAAGUGAAGGUUAGACAGUAUUUUUCUUACGCUUCAAUUUGUAACCAUGCCCGGGGGAAACGGAGAUGGUUCCUUUGUUAGGCGGAGGUCAGCCAGUGUGGGUCCUGUCAGCGUGGAAAGACAUUCAGUGAGAGAAGUGGAUCAGGAUGAAGACGGUGACGAGGAAUUCCACGACGGAGUCCCUUUCUAUAUAAACCGAGGGGGGCUCCCUGUCAAUGAGGCCACCUGGGAUAGGAUGUGGAAGCACGUCGCUAAGAUCCACCCCGAAGGAGAGAAGAUGGUGCAAAGAAUUCGAGGCAUGCCUUACCUACCCAAGAUUCCGAUACCAUGUGUGCCUACAUUUCAGCUGUCCACGCUUGUUCCUGACCGCCUGGAAGCCAUACAGAGAUACACCAGGGAGUUGCAGUACAAUCACACUGGGACCCAGUUCUUUGAGAUUAAGAAGAAUCGACCUCUAACUGGCCUAAUGGAUCUUGCACGGGAAAUGAUUCGGGAAUCUCUGCCAAUAAAGUGCUUGGAAGCUGUGAUACUCGGGAUUUACCUCACCAACAGUAUGCCGGAUGUAGAGAGGUUCCCCAUCAGUUUCAAAACGCAGUUCUCAGGGAAUUACUUCCGUCACAUAGUGCUGGGGAUCCACUAUGCUGGCCGCUUCGGCACGCUGGGCAUGAGCCGGCGUGAGGAGCUCAUGUUCAAGCCUCCCGUGAGCCGGACCUUGCUUGACCUGGUGCUGGAGUUCGAGGAGUCCUACAGAAAGUGCUGGCACACGCUGAAGAAAGUGAAGAUCGGGCAGUAUGUGUCCCACGACCCGCACAGCGUGGAGCAGAUAGAGUGGCAGCACUCUGUGAUCGACGUGGAGAGACUGAGCCGUGAGCAGCUACGCAGGGAACUGGAGCGUCACACCCGCGACAUGCGGCUGAAGGUUGUGAAGGGAACAACUGUGCCCUCGUCUCCAACCCGUGAGAGGAAGAAAGACACCUCAUCGCCCCAGCGGAGCCAGUCAAGCCCUCAUCGCAGGAACGGCCGCAGCGAGAGACGGUCUUCAGGAGAGAAGAAGUCCACAGAGCAGAAGAACCUCAAUGACGUGGGUUAUCAGAUCCGUGUGUGAGCGCCCUGCUGUGGGACCGGACCGGUGUGGCCGGACUGCAGUGAUUUCCACCAUCUCGUGGAAGGCACCUGGUGUGCAUGGAACUUCAGUGGACACGCGCAGAGGAUGCCGUACAGUAUUUCAUAGUAGCAGUUAUCAGUAUUAUAUCAAUUGUAACUUUUUUUAGAUUUUUAUUUUAUUUUCUAACUUUCAAAGAAAUGCUGUACAGUCAGUGUGAUGGAAGCUCUUCAGUAAGGCUGUGAGUCACGGGAUGGCAAUUUUUAUUGGCAGUCAUCCCUUUUCUGUGUGAGCAUUUGAGAUCCUCACUUGGCCAGUGCUGAUAUUGUAGCCUCUCCAGCAGGUCCAGGGAAUGCUGAGACUUACACAGGCUAGGAAGGUCCCGAACCCGUACACAGCUUUAGCUGAUUGGAACUGGGGCAUUGUCGGUAUGCUACGAUUACAAUUAAGGUUUGAUUUCAAUGAUCAAUGUCCAGUGAAGGCUUGGUUGAAAUCAAUAUCCAGCUGUAAUGUUCAGUGGAAAAUUCAUCAGAGAAUCACUGCAGGCCAUGUGGUGCUGAUCCUUUAACAUACUCUAAGGUCAAUCUACUCCCACACAACCCUCCAUUUAUUUAUGACCCAUGUGCCUAUUAAAUGUCCCUAAUGUAUCUGCCUCUCCCACCACCCAUGGGAGUGUGUUCCAUGCACCCAUCACUCCCUCUUUUUUAAAAAAAAAACACACCUACCUCUGACAUUUUCUACCUAUACAUCCUCCAAUCACUUCAAAGUUAUGCCCCUAGUUUGCAGGUGACGUUUGAAUUAUGGCCACUGGUCGAUGCCCACACAGACUGUGUUUGUGUACAACACAUUGUUUCUGUGUUUAAAUUAGCAUUGGAACAAGACGGAUGCCUGAAAUUCGCAUUGCCCUGCCAAGCCUCUCAUGGGUGAGCAGGCACCAGUACCUGCACGAUGAGGUGACCUGACUGCCUGCAAUCUUCCCCCCACAACUGUCCACAUUGCAGGAACAUUUCAGAAGACAUCUUUAUUCCCGAUCCCAGUUUAACUUGAGAGACUGCACUGCAUUUCUUUUGAGAAACAUGUAUUUAAUUUGGGUAUAUUUAAAGCAGAUGUUGAUAGUUCGCUGAUUAGUGAGGGCA